GAGGUGCUUAGUGGUCAGUGGUCAAAACAUCUUUUCACCAACAGAACAAGGAAAACAGAGGUCAGCUGGAACUCAGAAAAAGGAAAGUGAUAUAUGACAGUGUAUUUCAGGUGUCCCCAUUAUGCCCAGACGGAUGUUAAUGGCUCACAAGUCUGUUUUCUCUUACUCCCGACCUCCAAAGUGGCUGAAUGGUCCCUGUACGAUGAACUCCGUCGGAAGUGGUUACCGAGUGUUCUCCGCUAAUUCCAGCGCUGCCUGCAUAGAACUCGCCAAGAAGAUUACAGAGCGAUUGGGGGUUGAAUUGGGAAAGGCAGUCGUCUACCAGGAAGGCAAUGGAGAAACCAGAGUGGAAAUCCAGGAAUCAGUUCGUGGACAAGAUGUAUUUAUUAUACAGACCAUCCCUAGAGAUGUGAACACAGCAGUCAUGGAGCUUUUGAUCAUGACCUACGCAUUGAAGACCUCAUGUGCCAAGAACAUCAUUGGGGUCAUUCCCUAUUUUCCUUACAGCAAACAGUGCAAAAUGCGCAAGAGGGGAUCCAUUGUAUGCAAGCUGCUAGCUUCAAUGCUGUCCAAUGCCGGGUUGACUCACAUCAUCACAAUGGACCUGCAUCAAAAGGAGAUCCAAGGGUUCUUUAAUUUUCCUGUAGACAACCUCCGAGCCUCCCCUUUCCUGCUACAAUACAUACAAGAAGAGAUUCCGGAUUAUAGAAAUGCAGUAAUAGUUGCAAAGUCUCCUGAUGCAGCAAAGAGGGCGCAAUCCUACGCAGAGCGGCUGCGUCUCGGACUUGCAGUGAUACAUGGUGAGGCCCAGUGUGCAGAGCUCGACAUGGCAGAUGGACGUCACUCUCCACCCACUGUAAAGAACGCAACUGUCCACCUAGGACUAGAGAUCCCUUUGAUGAUGGCCAAGGAAAAACCACCCAUCAGCGUGGUAGGAGACGUUGGGGGACGUAUUGCUAUCAUAGUGGAUGACAUUAUUGAUGAGGUAGAAAGCUUCCUGGCUGCAGCAGAAAUUCUUAAGGAGCGUGGAGCUUACAAGAUUUAUGUGAUGGCCACACAUGGUAUUUUGUCCGCGGAUGCUCCUAAUCUCAUAGAAGAUUCCUCCAUUUUUGAGGUUGUGGUGACCAACACCGUCCCUCACGAGGUGCAAAAAUUGCAGUGCGCAAAGAUCAAAACAGUGGACAUCAGCCUUAUUCUGUCAGAGGCCAUUCGCCGAAUCCACAAUGGGGAAUCCAUGUCUUACCUCUUCCGCAAUAUCGCCAUGGAUGACUGAAGGGCCUUUGCUGUUGAUGCAGAAGAAACGGACAUGUGGCAAAGCUUAAAAAAUGGGUCCGCAUGUGUGGAAAAGAGUAGAAGCUGAUUUGGGGCACCCCGUCUUUUGUUACAUUCAUGUUACGGGCACUGCCAGUUUACUGUAUGGGAUUUAGGGACUUAUUACAUUUCUUAUCACUGUGUGAAUAUGAGAACAGGUCACACCUGACUGAUGGCAGGAAUGUGGUUUAGGAAAGGUCAUACAUCAUAAUCUUAACUACACCUUAGGUUCAUCAACAAUUGCAUGGCUAAAUUUUAGCAUCAAACAAGGACUGUAUGGCCCUUUCAGAAACCAUUUUCUCAUUCCUCGUCAUCUACUGCUGCAGAAGCCGGAAAGGAUUACUGAGCAAUACUAAUCUAUAACUCCAAAAACGGUUACUACAUGUAUAUAGACAAAUGACACAGUAUAUGGAAAUAGUGUGGAUCAUCUCAUACUUAGGAGUACAUAUAGCAAUUGCAGCAUACAUUUUAACAUGUAUGCAUGCAUGCACUACAGAUAUGCAUAUUUUUACGUGAACAC